AUGUAUGUGCUUAGUCAGAUGAUAACAUAUUAUACACUGGGUCCAUUAUUACUGAUUAUCUUUGGGAUUCUGACUAUCAUCAAUACUCAUCGACAUGCCCGUGUUCGAGUGGUACCACAUAAUUCUGGGUCAUCUGGUCGGCGAACCAAAGGACAACUGGCUCGUAUGCUUCUUCUGAAAGUUUGUUGUCAUCUUAUCCUAACCACUCCAUUCGGUGUUAUAUAUUUUCUGAACGCACUCGAUCCAUCAACUCGUACAUCAAAUAUCACCGCUAUACGCUACAUAUGUGUGCUAUGGGCAGAAUUAGAUUGUUUUGUUUCAUUUUUCCUUUACAUUCUAUCUAGAAGUUUGUAUCGGGAAGAACUUCGUCGAUUAUUCAAAUUCAUUCAACCACAGAAUCACAUAAAGAUUACCAUUCGCCAUCAACAAGUAGAAAACAAACCUACAGCAUGA